CUCAGGAAGGAAGGACACGCAGGAAGGGCAGCAUCCUUUGCCGGGGUCAGGACCAGGAGGAAGACGGCCACCCCCAGCAGUCCCAGCAGGGCCGCCGAGCUCCAGCCCACCGCCCUGAGCAGGCGCGUCGGCAUCGAUGGUUGGAGGAGGAAUGGACACCAAAGCCAAGGCUGUUGCAGGUCUCCUGGCAGCCACCUGUGUCUGCAGCAUCAUCGCCCUCGUUCUGAGCGUCGUGAAUGUGAAGGAUGUGUUUCUUCCCCCCAGCACCAAGUACGGGCUGGUGUUUGACGCCGGCUCCACACACACGUCCCUCUACACCUACCGGUGGCCCGCGGACAAGGAGAACGGCACCGGCAUCGUGUCCCAGGUGGAUGUUUGCACCGUGGAAGGUGAGUGUGCUGGGAUGUGCCUGUCCCUCUCCCUGCCCAGCUCACCUGGGGGACGUUGUGGCUGCCCAGCUCCGGUGCUUGCCAGGGUGCUCCCACAGCUCCCAGCUGAGGCCUCGUGCCCCAGCCGUGUUCAUCCCUUCCCUGUCAGGGAGCAGAACGGCACCAAGGCCGAGCAGGUCUUUGCCGAGGUGGCCAAGGUGAUUGGGGAGUACCCUGUGGACUUCCGUGGAGCUCGGAUCCUGACGGGCACAGAGGAGGGCUCCUUCGGCUGGAUCACCGUCAACUACCUGCUGGAGACACUCGUCAAGUUUUCCUUUGCAGAGAAAUGGGAACAUCCAGAGGACACCGAGGUUCUGGGAGCUCUGGACCUUGGAGGUGCCUCGACACAAAUAACCUUCCAGCCCGGAGUGCCCGUGGAGGACAGGAACACCUCGGUCUUCUUCCGCCUGUACGGCACCAACUACUCUCUCUACAGCCACAGCUACCUGUGCUACGGGCAGACACAGGCCCUGAAGAUGCUGCUGGCAGCUCUGCACCAGGACAGCGUGACUGCCCAGAUCUCACACCCCUGCUACCCCAUGGGGUACCAGGAGAAUGUCACCGUGGCAGAGCUCUACGACAGCCCGUGUGUGCGUGCCCCCAGCACAGCCAGCCCUGCCCAGGUGCUGACGGUGACGGGCACAGGGGACCCAGCCAGGUGCAUCACGGCCGUGCAGAAACUCUUCAACUUCAGCUGCGGGGCCCAGAGGCCGUGCGGGUUCAACGGGGUGUACCAGCCCCCCGUGCGGGGACAGUUCUUUGCCUUUGCUGGGUUCUACUACACCUUUCACUUCCUGAACCUGACCAGCCAGCAGUCUCUGAAUGAUGUCAACACCACAAUCCUGGCCUUCUGCAAGAGGAACUGGUCAGAGCUGGAGCGGACCUUCCCGCAGGACAAGAAGUACCUGCACACGUACUGCUCCGCAGCCAUUUACAUCCUGACGCUGCUGCUCGAUGGCUUCAAGUUCAAUGAGCACACCUGGAGCAACAUCCACUUCAGCCAGCAGGCAGCACACACAGACAUCGGCUGGACACUGGGCUUCAUGCUGAACUUCACCAACAUGAUCCCUGCAGAGCCUCUGGAACUCGUCAAGGGCCACCAGCCUGGGCUGUGGGCAGGGGCUGUCUCCUUCAUCGUGUUGGCCCUUGUGACAGGCCUGGUGGCUGCUUUCCUCCUGUGUUUCUGGAAAACCAAGUAGCUCCCAGCCUCCUGACUCCAGGCAUCCUGCCCACUAACCCAGGCAAGGAAGUGGUGCAGAAGAGGUGGAAGGAGGAGAAGAAUGAGGGCAUUAGACCCAUCUCCAUUGCUCCGGAGAUCUGACUGGGUCAUCUCUGUGAAUGUGUAAGAUUACAAAGUUGUCUUGAUCUCUCUGAACCUCCAAGAGGAAAAGACUCCUUUAAUCUGACUGCCAAAAGCUGACUGAGACUUGGUGGCUGGAUGAAGCCAGAUGAAUUCAAACUAGAAAUAAAAUCUGUUUUGUUUUUCAAAUAUGAA